UUUCCUCCACAUCCAUAUGGUCCUAGAUUAGAUGUGGGAAAUAAGAAAUCUCUGCUGCUAGCUAACGUUUCACAGCUGUUGCCUCGCCAGCGACUGCAACGACCGGAACAGAUGCGCGGUCCCCGGCUACAGGAUACCGGAACUGUCGCUAGAUUCUAAACAUUUUAAGAAAGAAAGUUUGGACUGAACGAUUCCUGCUGGUUGCUUUUUUUUUUGGAGUUUAUCCGACGACCAUGUCCUCGUCUAAAUAGAUGUGGUGGAGGUCGAGGAUGGCCGCAGACGUGGAUAAAACCAUCCCCGAGGAUGAGCGCAACAUUUCGCAGCAGAAUGGGCACCGAAUGAGUCGGAGUUCUGGAUCCUGGAUCUCCAGGGGGAUCUGGACUCUGCUUAUAGUCGGUGCUGUCCCUCUUCUCGCCUUUGGGAUCAAGUAUUACCAUGAUGCCCAUUUCCUCAAACGUCAUGAAGAGAGUGUUCGAACCCUGGGCGCCGAGGGGCUUUUUCUCUUCUCCUCUUUAGACACCAACCAUGACCUUUAUCUCAGUCCGGAGGAGUUUAAACCCAUUGCUGAGAAACUCACAGGAAUUACGGCCCCAGUGGAUUUUGAAGAGGAAGUGACCCAUGACCCCGAUGGUGAGACUUUGACCUUGGAGGCCAAAAUGCAGCCUCUGCUGCUCGACUCCAUGACAAAAAGCAAGGAUGGUUUCCUCGGGGUGUCUCACAGCUCUCUGAGUGGGCUGCGCGCGUGGAAGAGCCCGGCAGUGCCUUCUUCUUCCUUCUCUGCCAGGCAGUUCAGGGUCUUCUUGCCCCCAAAGAACAAGGGGGAAGUGGGAGACACGUGGUGGGUGAUUCCCAGUGAGCUCAACAUCUUCACUGGCUACCUGCCCAACAAUCGUUACCACCCUCCCUCGCCAAAGGGCAAAGAGGUUCUCAUGCACUCCUUGUUGAGUAUGUUCCACCCACGGCCCUUCAUCAAGUCACGUUUUGCGCCUCAGGGUACAGUCGCCUGCAUCCGUGCCAGCAACGACUUUUAUUAUGACAUUGUGUUCAGGAUUCAUGCCGAAUUCCAGCUCAAUGAUGUUCCAGACUUUCCCUUCUGGUUCACCCCGGGGAAAUUCACCGGCAACAUUGUUCUCUCUAAAGACGCAUCUCAUGUCCGCCACUUUCACCUCUACGUCCCCAAUGACAGGUCUCUGAAUGUGGACAUGGAGUGGCUGUACGGGGCCAGUGAGAGCAGCAACAUGGAGGUGGACAUCGGAUACCUGCCACAGUUAGAGCUGCAGUCCACAGGCCCGUCCACUCCCUCCAUCAUCAUGGAUGAGGAGGGCAACAUUAUCGACAGUCGAGAUGAGGGUGCCGAGCCGAUCCAGUUUGUCUUUGAGGAAAUCGACUGGACCUCAGAGAUCAGUCGGCAAGAAGCAACUCGACGCCUGGAGGUCACCCUCUACCCCUUCAAAAAGAUUUCCUACCUACCCUUUUCAGAAGCCUUUGAGCGAGCGGCAGCGGAGCAUAAACUGGUGCAUUCCAUUCUGCUUUGGGGAGCGUUAGACGACCAGUCCUGCUGAGGUUCGGGGCGAACUCUCCGGGAGACAGUCCUGGAAAGUUCGCCCGUUCUGGCCCUGCUCAACCAGAGCUUCAUAAGCAGCUGGUCUCUGGUCAGAGAGCUGGAGAACAUGCAGGCUGAUGAGCAGAACCCUGUGUUGAGUGAAAAGGCCCGAUUACACCUGGAGAUGUACAACUUCCCUGUGGAGAUGAUGGUGGCAUUGCCCAAUGGAACUAUUGUCCACCACAUCAAUGCCAACUUCUUCCUGGACCAGACGGCCAUGAAACCAGAGGAGGAAGAAGCGACUUUCAGCUUCUCUGCUGGGUUUGAGGACCCCUCCACAUCCACUUAUAUCAGCUUCCUCAAGGAGGGCUUGGAGAAAGCCAAGGAGUACCUGGCACAGUAGUUUGUGUGUGCGAUAGAGCCUGAGAGACUAAACAGCAGGAAACAAUCAUCAUUCCUCUGGGUAACGAUCCGAGAUAAGGAAAAGCCUCCAACAAUUAUGUAGAGAAGCUUUCUCAUCAGUGUUGGCAGCUGAAAAACUUUGUUACUAUUUAUUUGUGCGUCUCUCCUGACCAGAAAGUUUUAUAUACAGCAUUUGUAUUGUGACAAAUAGUACAGGGAAAUAUUGCUUCUCAAACCUAAUGUUACUGUAAAUAUAGUAUAACGGUAUUUUACAAUACAGUAACAGAAAUAUAAACACAUUCAGGUCUGCUCUCUCUGCUUGCUGUUUUAAAGUUGAUAUAACAUGUAGACAGAGGCCCAUCAUACCACUGCGAAACAUCCUAUAUUUCUGCUUUUAUAUCCCUGUGUCGCAUGUGCAAUAUUCUGAGUGUGUUUUCCUGCCGCUGAGCGUACCCAGAGACGGGGGGGGGGCCGGUGUUGCCUUCAGUUGUGCUUCAGCAGUUUGUGAAGUCUUUGCCUGAAAGCUCUCUCUGGGCCGGGUGACGCCUGAUGUUAUUGCUGAGGCUGCUUGAGGGAACAUCCCUCUCUGACUCGGGGGGCGAAAGCAGCUGGAAAAACAAAACUGGGCUGUGGCACAUACAAUUAUUAUUUCAGUUGUUUUUUUAGUUUGAAACCAAAUGUUAAAUAUUUUGCAGAUGUUCUGUUUUUGGGGAAGAUGUGACCACACCAAAGAACAUUUUUUUAAUAUGUACAGGAGCUGGCUUGCAGCUACAACAGCUGUUGAAGUUCAUAUUUAUGUAACUCAAUGGAACCAAAAGGUCACAUGUUUGAUUGUUGAGCCGAGAGGCACGUAAUACCGUGCACCGUUGUUUUCCUCUUUUAGGAUCCAGUCAAAGCAAUGAAUUUGUUCGUGUCUUAAGCGAGACAAGAGGAAAUCCUUGAUGCUACUUUGUUUUUCACAAUACAUCUCAUGUUCACCUUUUCAAGUCAUGCAGCAAAAAAUGUUUCCUCUUCGGGUCUCUAUUUUUAUCGUGGAAUGGAAAAACACUGGGAUCAAGAAAACUCAUUUUAAAUAGUAACAUUGCAAUUUGAUAGAUGAGAGUAACAUUAAGCUGGUCAUCCACUCCGUGUGCAACAUCUGACUGACAGCAGCCUUUAGGGGGAAAACACUACCUGUGUCAUUUUUUCCACAAUAAUAAAAACUUUUCUUUUGUACAAA